AUGUCAGACCUGUCGGACUCUGAAGAUGGCUCCACACGUCUGCCGCCAGAACCAAGGAUCGAGCAGGCGUUGCGCCAAGCUGUCGCGACCAUCUCCAAGUCGGGCAAUCAUGAGGACCUCACCGUAAACCGGGUACGAGCAGCUGCAGUGGCUGACUUGGCUCUGCCGGAUGGUUUCUUCAAGUCAAAUGUGGAAUGGAAAAAUCGGAGCAAGGAUAUCAUCACGGAUGAGGUGAAAAUACAGGAAGCAAAAGAAGAUACCAACCCAGCAUCGCCAGACAUCCCAGUCAAAAAACCAAACAAACGGAAGACCGCGCCGGAAACAGGAUCAAGGUCAAAAGCGAAACCCGGCGCUCAGAAGACGAAAGCCGAGCCUGCGCCUCAGAAAAGCAGGAAAAGACAAUCAGCGGACGUCAAGCCAAAUGCGCGCAAACGAAGGAAGGUCUCUGUCUCAUCCGAAGAACCAUCAGAACCUCCCUUGUCAAAUGUAGAAGAUUCCAGCGAUGCCGUAUCAGAGCCGGAAAGCGUUCCUCAGAAGAGCCAGCCGGCGAGAAAACGUCAGGCGCGGAAACUCAGCGACGAUGCGAAGCCUAUAGAAGCGAGCGAGGAUGACGGCGACGAAGCGCAACCAGCGCCCGCGCCCAUAGAGAGCGACAGCGACGACAUCAAAAGUGCAAUAGCAGCUCCAGCUCCAGCAGGUAGCAAGAACGACGACGCAUCGGAGAGCGAGCUAUCAGAUGUGCUGGACGAGGCUCCUGCGCCGAAGAAAGCCAGGAAAAAGUCUGGCACCGACAAAGCAACCAAGUCUACCAAACUCAAGUCUUCUAAAGCCAAGAACGACUCAAACCCUGAUCCUGACGAGGCGGAGAUCAGGCGUCUGCAAGGCUGGCUGAUCAAGUGCGGAAUCCGGAAGCUGUGGCACCGAGAGCUUGCGUCUUACGAUACCUCGCGAGCAAAGAUCAACCACCUAAAGCGGAUGCUAAAAGACGCUGGAAUGGACGGAAGGUACUCUGCCGAGAAGGCGAAGCAGAUCAAGGAGCAGCGGGAGCUUGCAGCUGACCUUGAGGCCGUUCAGGAGGGUGCUAAGAGAUGGGGCCAAGCUGGCUCUGAGGACGACAGCGGAGGAAAGCGGCCGACAAGACAGCUUGCAAAGGGACUUCGGAAUCUAGACUUCCUCGGUAGCGAUGAUGGCGAGGAGACCGAUUAG